CUUAUAUUUUAAUUCUCUGUUUUGGACUCCUCGGGUCGUUUUAAAAAGGAAGGUGGCAAAGAUUUAAUUUUCAAAAAAUCGGAGGGGUAGCUUGGUCAUUUCGUGGGUCCGGGUAUAUGGAUCGUUUUUGGGAGAAACCCUAGCCCCUUUGCUAUGCAGAUCGGCCGCCUCCCUCACUCUCUCUCUCUCUCUCUCGUUUUCUCUGUAACCCCAGAAAUCGACGCCCUUCCUCUGAAAACGACAGACAAAAGAAAACCGAAAAAUGCCUCUGAUCUCCCACUCCUCGCACCUCUAUGCUCUCAUCGCUCUCUGGAUCCAUCUUUCCCUCUUCUGUUCGACUCUUCUUCUCACCCCUUCUUUCCCUUUUCUGGUAAUGACAACGACAAAGGAAAAAGAAGGGAAAACGACGGCGGCGACGAGAAACAGUGAAGAUUGUCCCGGCGGCGAAGGUAAGAUGGUUUUCGAGCAUGAGGAGCAAGGAAGAAAAGCAAAACGACAACGACGAGGGAGAAACAACGGUGGUGGACACCGGUGAUGACGAUCGAAUGACGACAAAGGUAAUAGUUUCAUUUGGGGUUUGCAUGUCGUUUUUGGGUUUUCAUUUGGCGAUUUUGAUUUAUUUGGAUUUAGGGUUCUGACUGUGUUUUUUAAUUUGAUUUGUUGAGUUCUGAUUUAUAGCAGAAGAAGAGAGGCAGACAAGUGAAGGAAGAAGAGACCGCUGCCAAUAAAUCUAUGUUUCGUCGGCGGCGUCAACAGUGGCGAGGUUGACUUUGGUUUUGGUAAGCCUUUUUUGUCUGUUUGUUAGCCAUAUGAGGUAGGUUUACGUUGAUUUUGGGUUAGGAGUAAAAAUGGAAUAGCGUGUAUCUGGUCUAGCUUCAAUGUUUUGAAGUUUUAAUGAUUUAGGGAUCUUGUGUUUGGGAUGUGGUUUUGACGAGUUGAGGGUAAUGGUUGAUUCUGGGAAAUCUAGUUUAUGUGGGUUUGUUGAUUAAUUACAUUGAUCAUAUAGGGUGCUUGGAUUAAACUUGCAUAAACAACUUUGCCAUGUAAAGAAAGAGACAAUGACAAUCCAGUAUAAUAACACAUGAGAAAGAUAAAAGAGCAUGAAUAUGUCAGAUGUCCUUUUUACUUCUGUUAUGGUUAGGACUUUGGAUAGUAUAAAAAUAUAUUUAAGCAAUUAGUAGUAUGAGUAGAUCUGGUUUCGUUUGAUUUAGUAGAAAGGGUUCUAAACAAAAUCUGACUUUAGGUUUAAGUAAAAGUGGGUCAUUUGUAAGAUAUGUAGAUUUCAAUCUGUGUAUGAUAUGUAGAUUCUAGUUUAACUAGGAUCACUACUAUUGCUUGUGACCAUAGUUUUAUGAGAAGUCUGAAUACUUGAGAUUUGAGAUGGGUUUUGAGCUUUGGCUAUAGUUAUGAGGUGAUUUUAGAUGGUUUGUAAUUCUGGAAAUUUCUGUUUUAAGUCUAGAAAUCUGGUAUAUGUAUGUUUGCUUAUGAUACUGAAGGGCUUUAGAUUAGAGGGAGCCUUUCUCAUAAACGAAUUUCAAAAUACCUUCCAAAGAUCGAGUCUUGUUUUUCUCCAUAUUUCUGUUUAUUUGUGUUUGUCGAAUCGGUUUUGGUUUCAUGUUUUUUAUUACCAUUUUCAAUCUUUCAAGUGGGCUAAAUUACACAUUUGGUCACUCGAAUUACUUAAACAUUUCACGUUUGCCACCCAAAUUCAUUUUCUUUCAAUGUAACCACUCACUUUACGAAUCGUUUCACCGUUGGUUACCCUCCGUCAGUCUCCGUCAGACUCUGUUAACGCCGUCAGAUUUUUGAUGACGUGGCAAACGGAAGUGCUGACUGGGCUGACAGAGAGGCUAAAAAAGACGGCUUUGACUGCCUAGUCAGCCACAUACCCGACCCAGCAAUUUAAUUGACCCGUGUUUUUGUAUUUCUUUUUUCUUUUCUUUUAUUUUUAUUGAAAAAAGGUUUACUUUUACUGUGAAAACUGAAAACCAUCGGGCAGUAAAAGGAAGGGGCUUUUCACUUCUCUUCUGUUCUCUUCUCUUCUCUUCGUAUUCUCCUCUGCGUUUUUCACCCGAGGCGGCUGGUCGAUCUCGAUCAGAGAAGAAGGGGAGACGCCGGUCGGACAGGUCCGACUAGGCCAGAGAAAGGAUUUUCCGGGCAGGGGAGGUGGAGGUAAGGCCGCCGCAGGGGAGGUGGAGGUAAGGCCGCCGCUGUGGAGGCGCUCGAUCGGGCGGCGGUGAAGUCACUCGAUCGGACGGGGAGUUGCAGGUAAGCCGCCGAAUCUUCUAACCUUCUCCAUCCUUUUCGUUCCUUUCUUCCUUUACUCUUCUUAUCGUGCCCAAUUUGUAUUACUGAAACCCUAAAAAUUUCCCAAUAUGAAAUCGACAGAAACAAAGGUGCUUGGCAAGACGCAAAGGUGCUUUUGGGGCAGACACAAAGGUGCUUGCUGUUAGUUCCCUUUUGGCCCUUUUUAUGACAGUCAUGCGAAGUGUUGAAAGGGGAAAAGUUAGAAAAUGAUAAAAGUUCUUGACUGUGGGGAUUUUGCUGUCGUUUUCUAGGUUGUUUGUCACGUUUGGCGAGCAAUAUGGGGGUACAUGUGCGGCAACCAGAUGCUCCCAUCCCUAAAUAUCGUGAUUGUAAUGGAGAAUUCAGCUUUGAAGUUCAUGUUGAUUAUCAAAUCAAAAAGAAGAGAGGGAAGCAUUUUAUGCAGGAUGAGACUAUUGUGUACUAUGACCACGCUGAUAUCGAUCUGCUCUCCAUUCUGGACUUGGUAGACAUCUACAAGGAGUGUGGUGGGAAGAUUCCGAAACCAAAGUUUUAUUGGAAAGCUCCCCUUGAUGAAUCAAUGACAGAGAUUACCAGAGAUGAAGACUUAUUGGAAAUGGCCGGAGCAGCUAAUGAACCUCCCAGGAUCAUUGAACUUUAUGCUAUGGCUGAGCAUGAAGUUCUGGACUUUAUGGAUAGUGAUGAUGAAGAAGAUGCAACUCCACUUGCAGAAAAGGAAGUAACAGUAGGCGAGGAUGGAGAUAGUGACAAUGAUUAUGAAGAUGGAGAUAGUGACAAUGAUUAUGAAGGAGAGGAUGAAGAUAGUGACUUUGAGGGCGAUUCUGAGUCGGAUAUUAGCAUUUGUGAUGAUAUAAACUAUGAGAAGAAUGUGAAUUUAGACGUAGAGGCUGAUAUGAGGAUGUUUGGUGGAGGAGAUGACGGCCUUGGUGAUGCAGAAGUGGACGAAGAGGAGUCUGAUCCUGUAGACUCAGAUGAUCGCAGAUCUAUCCAUAGUUCGGAUUCCGAAUCUGAUGCUGCAAUUGUUCCAGAUUUCCGGGUGGACCGAGACAUGGAGAAGCCAACCUUUGCUAUUUCUCAAAAAUUCAGCAGCUUUGGUGUGUUGAAGGAUGCACUCAAGCAAUAUUCUUUCAUUGAGAAACGACCAAUAUUCUUCAAACGAAGUGAUGGUAAGAGGCUACAAGUGAUGUGCGAGGCACCAUGUGAUUGGUACAUAUGGGCAUCCAAGUUGAAAGAUGAAGAUGCUGUGAAGAUCACUAGGUGCAAACUUGAGCACACAGCAGAUUGCACCUUAACAUUCAACAAUAGGUUUGCAACAUACAAGUUCUUGGGGGAUAAAAUGACUAAGAAGGUGGCAGCAGAUCACAGCAUGGAGAAUCAAGAAGACAGCAAAAGCUUAUAUCAUUAUGCUGCAGAGUUGAGGAGCAACCCAAACUCCACUGUUGUAGUUGAGCAACGAGAACAAGUGUUCAAUCGCAUGUAUGUAUGCUUUGAGGCAUCAAUGAAAGGUUUUAGAGCAGGCUGCAGGCAAGUCAUAUGCAUCGAUGGAUGCUUCCUCAAGCAUGAUUAUGGUGGCCAGCUGCUAUCUGCCGUUGGUAUUGAUGCGAACGAGCAAUAUUUUCCCAUCGCAUUUGCUCAUGUUGAGGUGGAGAACAAGGAUAAUUGGCUUUGGUUCCUGCAGCUUUUGGGAACCGAUUUGCAUAUUAAUGAUAAUCCUGGAUGGACAUUCAUUUCUGACAAGCAAAAGGGUCUAAUGCCAGCACUAGAUGAGGUGUUUCCCUCUAGUGAGAAGCGUCAUUGUACCAGGCAUCUUGUGACCAAUCUAAGUGCUGCAUGUGGAUCAUCAGCGAGGGUUAAGGAGCUAUUCUGGGAAGCAGCUAGAGCCACCACUGUCUCUGAAUUUCAAGUUGCUAUGAGAAGCCUGUUGGAUUACAACAAGCCCUUUUAUGAUUGGCUUGUUGACAAGCCAUACUACCAUUGGUCCAGGUCGCAUUUUCAGUGUCUCGUUUUAACAGAUAUGGACACGAACAACCUGGUUGAGAGCUGGAAUAAUGUCAUCGUCGAUGAGAGGGAUAUGGGUCCUGUUGGCAUGUGGGAAGGGAUUAGGAGGAGGCUGAUGGUGCUAUAUGCCAAAAGACGACGUAUAGCCAACAAGUGGGCUGGUCCUUUGUGUAAAAAUAUUGAGAAGAAUUUGCAAAAACUAGGAGAAGAAGCCCUUAAGUGGUCUGCUGAAUCAAACGGCAACGGGGAGUUUGAGGUGAGGUGGCAAAAUCAGCAAGUUGUUGUUAACUUGAAAAAAAAGAAUUGUACUUGCAGAAGGUGGGAUCUGACUGGAAUCCCUUGCGAGCAUGCCAUUCAAGCAAUUCGUAAGGCAAAGCUUAAGGUAUACGACUUUGUGGCUGGUUGUUACUUCAAGGACUCGUGCAUAAGAAUUUAUGAGAACUCCAUAUCACCAACGGCUGGUAGAGAGUAUUGGCCUUUGUCUCAACUUGGUGACGUUGGAGUUCCUCCACUUCGUGACUCUAUUAAGAGAGGAAGGCCAAAGAAAGCUAGAAGAAAGGAAGCUGGUGAAAAAGAUUCUGGUAAGAAGAGGCAAAAGGGUCCUGAAAGAGAAGUUGCAAAACCAGUAAAGAAGAAGUAUAAGUGUACUGAUUGCGGAGAAGUUGGGCACAACAAGACAUUUCAUCAAAACCGAGAAGCAAAGGAGUUGGCAAAGAAAAAGAGGGCAGAAGCAAAACAGAAGGAAAAGGAAGAUAUACAGACAAGGAAACAGCUUGAAAGGGCAGAAAGAAACAGGCUAGCGGCAUUGAAGAAGUUGCAAGCUAAGGCUGCCAAACAAGCAUCAAGUCAAGUGAUUGCAGAUGGAAGUUCCCAAAGGCCAGCAAGUCAAUUAUCCCAGCAACCAAGCCAAGACUCACAUAGGAGCAAUCUGUGAAGAGUAGGGUGUAGACUUUUGAAGCCAUUCAUGUCUAUUGUAGUGCUUGGUUAGGACAAGCAGAAUGGCUGUUUUGUUGACUAUUUUGAAGUCAUUCAUGUCUAUUGUAGUGCUUGGUUAGGACAAGCAGAAUGGAUGUCUUGUAAUCGUAUGUUGAACAAAUUGUUGAACUUUAGGGGGACCAGCAAUGGUAGUUAAUGGCUGCUGUAAAACAGUUCCAGGUGUUCAGUAAAGUUUUUGGCUUUUG